ACUCGCCCGAAAACCACUACCAGCCAAGCAGUGUCCAGAACAGGCGGUUCACUGACGAAGAGAGUACGUAUUCGCACUCAAUGCCAUCCCGUGUUUUGCUCUUAUUUCUUGGCACGACCUUGCGCAAAUGCUGCAUGUAUUCGCACUAUGGCAAAAAUGCACUGGCAGCAUUACUCAGCCUUCCCUAAAAAUACGAAGCAUAGAUGAAGCAAUGUUCGAAAAGUACGUGCCUCUGCACCGAGGAAUGCGCGAAAUAGCCCACGGUGUCAUGCACUGGGAAAUUGACAGCUGGUACCAGCUCCCCCAGAUGACACAGAGCAAGGAGCUUAUACUAGCCAACCAGCGGUACCAGAUUAUGCUGCACCCCGAAAGCUACCGCCAUAAAGGCUACGUGUCUGUCUUUCUCUCAUGCUUCAACCGCGACCAGCCGCAGCUCCAGCACCCCUGCGCCUACUUCAGCCUGGUGAUUUCAAACAUAAACGACCCGACCAUCAACCACCAUCUGGCCUUCGAAUGCCGCUUCAACAAGCGCACCUGGGCGUACGGCAAGGAGGCCUUCAUCAGCCACCAGAACCUGACGGGGCCAGCAUCGCGCUUCAAAGAGGCUAUCAUGCAAAGCGGCACCCUACGAAUCAGCGCCUACGUUCGCGUUAUCUGGGACGAGACUGGAAUCCUCUGGGAGGACAUGCGGAAUAUCCCCAUGUACCCAAUAGUGCGCUGCGUCGGGCUGCACCGCCACCCAGAGUACCACUACAUUGGGCCCAUGCUGCAGGCCAUUUUCCACAUGCGCAUCCUGCGCAAUGCCAUCUACAUGAUUCCGACCACCGCACACAAUCCAAAGACCUCGGUCGCCUCGGCCCUGCAGCGGCUAUUUCGCCAGCUCGAGUCGUCGCAGCAGCCCGUCGCCAUUGACGAACUGGCCAUCGCCCUGAAGCGCAACAACAUCACCUCGCUGUCCAUGAACACCAUGCACGAUUUCUACAGCAUCUUUCGGCGUAAGCUGGCCAGCAUCAUGAGCGGCAGCGUCGCCACCGGUAUCAUCAACAAGCUCUUCCAGGGCCGCAUCCGCACCACCGUCUUCUACCCGGGCACCCACCAGACAACAAACUACGUCGAGGACUUUUACGACUUCCACGUGGACCUCAACUGGUUCCACAAUCUGACAGAGUUCUUCACCCACUACUGCAAGCUCAUGCCCCUCCAGCAAAGCGCCCAGGUCCCGCAGUUCGCUGGCUUUGCCGGCAACGCGCAGCAGCGCAUGACAUUUGAGAAACUGCCACCCGUGCUCCAGAUCUACCUGAACCGGUUUGAUGUCGACCCAGGGACUUUGCGUAUUAAGAAAUCCGAAUCGGCGUUCGAGUACCCGCAGGCCAUUGAUUUGAGCGACUACAAGUCCAGUGCAGCCGACCAUCUGCAGUGGAGCCGCUAUCUCCUGUACGGCGCGUUUUUCCACCUUAGCAUUCCCAGCGACCCACAUGCAUUCACAUGCUAUUUGUCGCCUGGCUCGCCCACCCGCUGGCUGCACUUUGUCAAUGGCGGUGUCACGCCGGCCACGCACUACGAGGUAUUCGACUAUCAUGGUGCGCCUGACCCCGUGCGCAUUGACAGAGAUGACAAGCGCUCGCUGUUUAGGCGCUCGGAGCACGUCUACAUGCUGAUGUACGUGCGUGAGGACCUGCGUGACUUUAUUCUGAAUGGCAGUGAUGUCAUGGCGCUGCAUAAUGUCUAUUGAUUGUUCCAUCCCUAUUCUGAAUACCUGGCCUCUUUUAUAUUUGCAAGUGCUUGAUAGCUCAUGUAUUUUCAAACUGUUUAAACGCCAUCACCAAUCAAUAAACUAUGUUGUCUGCUGCAGGGAUUCUCAUUUUCG